AGCCCCCAAUAUGUCAACAUCCUACCAUCGCCUUUGGUAAUAGCAGUAAGUGAACAGCCGUUUCAGUUUGGCUCUUUUCCUUGAGUCGAGCCAAAGUCUUCGGAUCUCAAAAAAGAGCCGAAAUUCCCAUCAGUCCAGGCUAGCUGUAGCUGAAGAGAUAGCGCGCUAACAAACAGGGCAGUUUGUUAUCUGAGCAGCACAAUGACAAUAAUUAUUAGACAUCAUACAUUUCUAUCGCUGCAACAUGUUGUUAACGUCGCCGGGAGCUAGGAGCGGAUCUUCCCCUUCACAGUUAUCUUCUACAUGGACAGAGGAUAACGUUAACGCCGCUGCGUGAGACUUCCCGAGCAGGCACGGAUGGGAUUAAGUGGACUAGCCGCAGCUACUGACCGUGCUGGCUGACUAGCUUCGCGGUUAACCGGUUUGGGUUAGCAGUCUAACUCAGUCAGCUGAUAUCACUCAUCUGGAAAUCGCCGGCCAAGUUUCACUGGGACAGCGAUGCCUCCCAGGCCCUCUUCGGGAGAACUAUGGGGGAUGCACUUGAUGCCCCCCAGCAUCUUAGUGGACUGCUUGCUGCCAAAUGGCAUGAUUCUCACAUUGGAGUGCCUCCGGGAGGCUACGCUUAUUACGGUCAAGCAUGAGCUUUUCAAAGAAGCCAGGAAGUACCCUCUCUACCAUCUGCUGCAGGAGGAGAGCUCAUACAUCUUUGUCAGUGUCACGCAGGAGGCCGAGCGGGAGGAGUUUUACGAUGAGACCAAGAGACUCUGCGAUCUCAGACUUUUUCAAGCUUUCCUCAAAGUUAUCGAGCCAGUGGGCAACAGAGAGGAGAAAAUUCUUAACAGAGAAAUAGGCUUUGCUAUUGGAAUGCCAAUAUGUGAGUUUGAUUUGGUGAAAGACUCAGAAGUCCAGGACUUCAGAAAGAACAUUUUAAAUGUUUGUAAAGAAGCUGUGGACCUCAGAGACACCAACGGACCCCACAGCAGAGCUUUGUAUGUCUACCCUCCUAAUGUCGAAUCCUCUGCAGAACUUCCCAGGCACAUCUAUAAUAAGCUAGAUAAAGGUCAGAUCAUCGUGGUCAUCUGGGUCAUCGUUUCACCGAGCAAUGAUAAGCAGAAGUACACCCUGAAGAUCAAUCAUGACUGCGUGCCGGAGCAGGUGAUUGCUGAAGCCAUCCGUAAGAAGACAAGGAGCAUGCUGCUUACCCAGGAGCAGUUGAAGAUGUGCGUCCAGGAGUAUCAAGGAAAGUACAUCCUCAAAGUCUGCGGCUGUGACGAGUACUUACUGGAGAAAUACCCCCUGAGUCAGUACAAGUACAUCCGCAGCUGCAUCAUGCUGGGAAGGAUGCCCAACUUGAUGUUAAUGUCCAAAGACAGCCUAUAUUGCCAGCUGCCCAUGGAAAACUUCACCAUGCCGUCAUACGCAAGGCGAAUAUCCACAGCAACACCCUACAUGAACGGGGAAACUGCCACCAAGUGUCUCUGGACAAUCAGCGGGACGCUGAGGAUCAAGAUCCUCUGCGCUACUUACGUCAAUGUAAACAUCAGAGAUAUAGACAAGAUCUACGUCAGGACCGGGAUAUACCAUGGUGGGGAGCAGCUAUGUGACAAUGUCAACACUCAACGUGUGCCCUGCUCAAAUCCCAGGUGGAACGAGUGGCUGAACUACGACAUGUACAUUACAGAAAUUCCCAGGGCUGCUCGACUCUGCCUCUCCAUCUGCUCCGUGAAAGGAAGGAAGGGAGCUAAAGAGGAGCAUUGUCCCCUGGCCUGGGGAAACAUCAACCUGUUUGACUACACCCACACACUAGUAGCAGGAAAGAUGGCUCUCAACCUGUGGUCGGUCCCACAUGGCCUGGAGGACCUGCUCAAUCCUAUUGGUGUCACAGGCUCCAACCCCAACAAGGAAACCCCUUGCUUGGAGCUGGAGUUUGACCAUUUCAGCAGCCCCGUCAAGUUUCCUGAUAUGAGCACGAUCGAGGAGCACGCGAACUGGAUUAUAUCUAGGGAGCUUGGCUUUAAUUACUGUCACACUGGUUUGAGCAACAGACUGGCACGGGACAACCCCCUGACUGAGAGCGAUAAUGAGCAGCUACGACAAGUGUGUAACCGAGACCCUCUGUCUGACAUCACUGAGCAGGAGAAGGACUUCCUGUGGAGGCACAGACAUUACUGCAUCAACAUGCCAGACAUCCUUCCCAAGAUCCUCCUGGCUGUGAAAUGGAACUCUAGAGAUGAGGUUGCACAAAUGUAUUGCCUCCUAAAAGACUGGCCAGCAAUUAAGCCAGAACAAGCCAUGGAGUUGCUGGAUUGCAACUUUCCCGACCCAAUGAUAAGAGAGUUUGCUGUGAAGUGCCUUGAGAAAUACCUGACUGACGACAGACUCUCGCAGUACCUCAUUCAGCUGGUUCAGGUUCUAAAGUAUGAACAGUAUCUCGAUAACCCACUUGCACGCUUCCUGCUGAAAAAGGCAUUAACCAAUCAGAGGAUAGGACAUUUCUUCUUCUGGCAUUUAAAAUCAGAGAUGCACAACAAGACAGUGAGCCAGCGGUUUGGCCUCCUGCUCGAGUCGUACUGCCGGGCGUGCGGCGUGUAUCUGAAGCACCUGAGCAGACAGGUGGAAGCCAUGGAGAAGCUCAUCAAUCUCACCGACCUCCUCAAACAGGAGAAAAAAGAUGAGGCUCAGAAGGUUCAAAUGAAGUUUCUGGUCGAGCAGAUGAAGAGGCCUGACUACAUGGACGCACUACAAAGCUUUACCUCUCCGCUGAAUCCAGCACAUCAGCUGGGAAACCUCCGCCUGGAGGAAUGCAGGAUGAUGUCAUCUGCAAAGCGACCUCUCUGGUUAAACUGGGAAAACCCAGAUAUGAUGUCAGAGCUGCUCUUUCAGAACAAUGAAAUCAUCUUCAAAAAUGGAGACGAUCUGAGGCAAGACAUGCUGACGCUGCAGAUCAUUAGGAUAAUGGAGAACAUCUGGCAGAACCAGGGCCUUGAUCUCAGGAUGCUGCCGUAUGGCUGCCUGUCUAUCGGUGACUGCGUGGGCUUAAUUGAAGUUGUGAGGAACUCUCACACAAUCAUGCAGAUCCAGUGCAAAGGAGGCCUGAAGGGGGCGCUGCAGUUCAACAGCCAUGCACUGCAUCAGUGGCUCAAAGAUAAGAACAAGGGAGAAAUGUACGACCAGGCCAUCGAUCUGUUCACCCGGUCAUGUGCAGGCUACUGUGUGGCCACCUUCAUCCUUGGCAUUGGGGACAGACACAACAGCAACAUUAUGGUGAAAGACGAUGGCCAGCUGUUCCACAUUGAUUUUGGCCAUUUUCUUGACCACAAAAAGAAGAAGUUUGGGUACAAAAGAGAGCGGGUCCCAUUUGUGCUCACCCAGGACUUUUUGAUUGUCAUCAGCAAAGGAACACAAGAGUGUACAAAAACGAGAGAGUUUGAAAGGUUUCAGGAGAUGUGUUACAAGGCGUACCUGGCAAUCCGGCAGCAUGCCAACCUCUUCAUCAACCUGUUUUCCAUGAUGCUGGGCUCUGGGAUGCCUGAGCUGCAGUCGUUCGACGACAUCGCAUACAUCAGAAAGACCCUGGCUCUGGACAAGUCAGAGCAGGAGGCACUUGACUACUUCAUGAAGCAGAUGAACGACGCCCAUCAUGGCGGCUGGACCACAAAGAUGGACUGGAUCUUCCACACAAUCCGCCAGCACGCCAUGAACUGAGGGAGGGGAGGAGAAGAGAAGAGAGCCGAGCUGUUUCAACAACGGCACACCAAGGAGCAAAAAAGGGUGAAGGGGAAGAAAAAUCUCUAUUUUCUUCCUAAACAGGUGAAGGCCUGGUUGCUGCUGCCAGCUUAUGUCUUGGAAACCUCUUCUGAUAAGCACACAACAUAGCAAGGAUGCUGAAAAAGCCCAUGUUGGACACAUGAUGCCUAAAAGCUUCCAUUAAUACAAGUCUAGAAAUCUGAUUUCCCUAAGUUUUUCUUCACCUGUUUGUUUUUCAUAUGAACUUAUACUAAGUGGAGAGGACCUCAACAGCGCUGAUCUUUACACAAACUACAGAAAAAUCAUAUUUUCUUACUUUUUAUUCCUGUCCACAUAGCUACAUCCAUCAGAAUUAAGUGUGAAACACUAUGAAGAGAUACAGCACAAGACCGCCAGACCUUUUCCUGAAGAUGACCUAACUGAACUUUUUUUCUACUACCUGUUUUGAUGAAGAUGUUGUGGGGUUGGGCUGUAACGGGUCACACGCACCCAACCCAGCAUAAAGACAAAUGCCUCAGUUUACAAUGUGGAGGAACAGUCAGCAACACUCAAUAAGUACUCAACUGACAGAGAGGUUCUGUGCUUCAAACAUUUACUAUCUUCUGCAGCACACUAUAACACUGAACAUGUGACGUGUUCAGCUGUCAUUUCACAUCAAUUAACUGACUUUUUUACAGCAGUUAAUGUAUUUGCUUAUAUGCGUUUGGUGCACAUUUCUUUUUAACAUGAUGAUUUUCUACUGAGCCAAAGUACCAUAUACAUGUAUGUAUAUGUAUGUAUGUGUGUGUGUGUGUGUGUGUGUAUAUAUAUAUAUAUACACACACAUGUGUAUGUAUGUAUGUUAAAAACCCACUACAUAGCAGUCUUAUUUUAAGCAAAGCCUAGAAAACGUCACCACUAUUCCAAGUCUUGUGUGCACACAUUGCACUGAUCUCUGCAGUAUUUGGUUUGUCUGUCAGUAUUACUGUCAUAGGCAAGGAUACAAGCCUCCAUCAUCCACCUCCCAGAUGACCUAGUUCCAUUUUUUUUGUUUUUGUCCAGCAUUCAAAUGCAAAGAGGAAAUCAUGUGUGUAAUGCUCCUUUAGCAUUAUGUUCUGUUAUACUAUGCAAGUUGUGACUCUAACACGUACUGUAUACUAGAAAAAGAAUGAAACCUUCCUAAGGAUACUCAGUGAAGGACAGACAGCUUCCUUGGAAAAAGUAGAAGCAGUGAAACUGCUUCCAUGGAAUAGUAAAGUCUACUUCCUCCCAGCAAAAUGAACUUUGGUGGGAAACUUUUUUGAAUCCUGCCCUUUUGUAUUUUUUCCUCCUCGGCAGACUACCAACUCUGGAGUGUCAACCCAAGCCAUGUGCAUUAAGCCUCAUCCUGUUUCCUUAUCUUCCAGGUCAGGCACUUGACAUUUGGGUAAAGAAAAGUGAGAUUUUCUCAACCUUCCAAGUAGGCAUGGAUUGGUUAAAGCUAUCAUGAUACACUGCUCUUUAAAAAGUUCCAGUUACAAAAUCACAUCUUUACAGUCAUUUAGUCCUGUCAUUGAGAUGCUAGAAAACGUGCUGGGAUAACCAAGUAACACAGGGCUUCCUCUCCACCACAAUUGUUCCAGGCUUCCAGUCCGCUUGUUGAAAGUAACCUCCCACAAUUUUCACUUGGUUACAAUGAAGACAAACUCAGCAGUUUGGGUAUAUAUAUUCAUAGUUUUGAAUAACAUGGACUGUAAUGGUGUGGAAACUAAGGGAGCAGUACUAAGGUAACAAGUUGACAGUUGACAAACUACAAGCAGUGUUUCUGUAAAGCAGCAGACUCCAGGCUAGCCGGCAGAGCAGAAAGCCUAACUAAUUACCCACUAAUAUAUACUUUACACUCCUGGUGUUAUUAAACAGAACAACAAAAAGGUAUAAUUUGUAUCUAUAUUUGUCUAGUUUAUGUAUCAAAUCAAAAUAACCUUGUUAUAUUACCGUUGAAGCAGGACUUACUGCUGCUUUUCUAAUUCACAUAAAUACAAUUUGUUAAUGAUGCACAUUUGUGUCUAAAUAUUGUCCAAAAGACAUUUCAUUCAAGCUUAUCACAUCGUGAGAAUCUGAUACAGGCCCAUGUCUAGUUGCAAUGGUUUUAUUUUCAGAAUUGUUCCAGGACACAGGCUCAUGGAAAAGAAGUGCGUUCAUUCUUCAAGCUUUGGGAAAACUCAUGUUUACCAAGACUUUUUCUUUAACAUGAAGUUUUGUUUUCUGCACACGGUUAAAGACUUUGAGCUACUGCUCAGGAAACCAAACCCAGCGAGGCUCAUGGCAAAGUUGGAUCCCGGCUGACAAAACGAAACCCUUUUAUCUGAAUGAAUAUUUCCUUCUGUACUCUAUGUUGUCACGCAUGAGGUCUUUAAAUAUCUGCCCUUCUUUGUCUGACGUCGUUUACUUGAAUUUCAUGUACAGAAAUGAUCUCGUUACUUUGUUUGAGGUACAGUCCGAAUGAAGAUAACAUACAUGUGGAAUUGCUUUCCUUGAAUAACUACAGAGGUAAUAUAUAUAUUUUUGUAUUUUUUAAAUGUAAACAAAUUCAUUUAUGUAACCGCUAAGCAAAAAGAAAAAAAAGGGAUCCAGUCUCAUACUAAGUCCGGCAGCCGUUCUCCAUUUGCUGUAAGAACUGGGUGACUGAAGGACAAGUUCUCAAGUACCAUCCUCUUAUCAAAUGGAGACCUCCUGCCCUGAAGAACCAUACCUUGCAUGUGUACCAGUUUUGGGUUUCUUAUAUAUUCACUUGUCUAGAAACCAUAGACCUUCAGAUAACUUGUUUUAUUCAUCCUCAUAUGACCAUGUCUGUUAAGAAACUAUACAUUCAUUUAUUGUGCUGUUGAAUAAAAACAUGUUUCUCUAA